GUCGCGCAGCGCGAUCCACAUUCCGCCGACCGCCAAACAAACAAAAUCACGAAAACAACAAGUCAGCACCAUUUUCCUCCAGCAACAACCACACCUUUCCCAAAGAAACAGAGCCGCCUUCUUUUCAAGACACACAAAAUCUUUCUCUUUUCUCCAACUCAUCACACACAAUCGAGAUCAACCAUGGACUCCUCGCACCGCAAAAUCGAACUCCAAUCCCCCUCGGACCUCUCCUACCUCACCUCGCAAAUCCGCACCACCGCCCGCCAAAAACUCGACCUGCACCUUCCGCCCGUCACAUCCUCGACCGCCGAACCCGACGACCUGCGCCGCAGCGUCGAAGACCUCGUUGACGCGUUUGUCGCCCAGGUGCUACGCGGCAUGCGACAGAACAUUAGUAUAAACGGGAUUGACGUUGUCAACGCAGUUGACGACUCCGACUCCGCUAUGCAAGGGAUUGUAGGGGGAGAGGGAGAAGAAGAGAAAACCGAGGUUGAAAGAGAAGAAUUCGAAGCGUUUGAUGAAAAGCUGAGGACGAAAUUGGGGGAUGCGGUUGCGAGGCGCGAUGCGCUUAUUGCGAAGAUUAGUCAGCAUAGGCGGACGACUCCCGCUGUGGCAGCGAAGGCGUUUGAAGAAAGUUUUGAGAGGGAGGAGGAGGAGGUGGCAGGGAAGUGGGUGGGGCUUGAGGAGAGGGUUAAAGAGGUUAGGGAGGGGGAUGUGGCGGGUGUGGAGAGCGGGGUCAGGCAGGAGGAGGUGCAGAGGAAUUGGGAGAGGGCGGUGGAAGGAUUGCAGGCGUUGAAUAAGGGGUUGCCGGAGACGAGGGCGAGGUUGGAAAGGGCGGGCGAUGUGGUGGGGUAUUUGGGGGGAAAGUAGAUUCAGAUGUUCUUUUGGAUUAUUGGCGUUUUGAUGGAUUUUAAGGAUACCCGGAGUGUUAAAUUUUACCUUUUCUUUCUUCUCCCCUGAAAAACAUUCAUCUUCUUCUCGCCUUAAAUUAAACCGAUUCCUUUGAACUAAUCUUCCCUCCUCC